AUGCCUCGAAUUCCUUCCUGGCCCGGCGGUCUGGCUGCGAGACCAGCAUCCGCCGGGACGCGGGCCGGCAAGGCGGGCCGACAGCUGCGGCGGCGGCGGCGGGACCCCUCCCCGCCCGGCCCGCGCCCCCGCAGCCCGGUCCCGCACGCCGAUCACUUCCUUCCUCCCCGGGUGCCCGCGGGCCCCGCGCAGCCCCCUCCCCGGCGGCCCCGGCCCCCCGCCCCGCCGCGCCGCUCCCCGCCCCCACCGGGCCCCGCGCGCCCUCCCCCCAAUCCCAAACUCGACCCUAAAACUUUCUUCCGUCCCCCCGAAAACGUCCUCCUAGCUCCCUGCCCCAAACAUUUCUCCUCGGAUUCUCGCUCCCACCGAGAAGUCGCUCAGAACCUUCCCUCCCCCUCCAAAAACUCCAAAAACAUUCCCAAGGUCUCGCCCCCAAAGAUCUCCCCUUCCGAGCUCUUCCUCCAAAAUUCCACUCAAACUCUCCCCUCACCUCAACUCCACGCACACCCUCCCCCAACCCUCCCCGGAUUGCGCCCGCCGGUUCUGCUCGCUCGCCCCCGGGUGCCCCGACCCCUCAGCGGGUCAGGCCACCCACUCCGGGAGCCCUCCUCUCCCCGCGCCCGUCUGCCCCGGCCUCCUGCGCCGCGCUCUCGCCGCCUCUCCUUGGCCCCCUCACCUCGGCUGCUCCGGCCCGCGCUCCAACCCGCCGCGGGUUCCGGCGCUCUGCUCCCGGCGGCGGGCGCCUCCUCGGGCUCCCCCGGACUGACAAUGAGGGGCGGGACCGGAGGAUGA